GAUCAGUCAUCGUCGGAAAAGCAAACUGUUUAUAUUCGUUCAAAGUAGUGAACCAUUUCGAACGUAACAACCGUCCAGUAAUCAUGGGGACUCUUUUAGGACACAUGCUCCCAGGCUCCUUUUUCAUAUUAUUCGCGAUUUGGUGGCUAAUUUCCAUUUCCCGAAGAUAUUACCGUUCUCAGUUGUCACGUCAUGGAGAAGACUACAGGAGUAGUACGAUGUAUACCAGUGCAUGUCUACCGAGAGUCCCCAUGGAAGGCAUCUUAAAGAUAGUUGCUACUUCGAUAGGAAUAAUAGGUGAAACGGCGACUGGAUUUGAAAAUGGUCACUGGACACAUUGGGGCAACGCCCAGCACAUUUCAAUGUUCCUUUUCUUCGGUUUUACCGGUGUCGUUGAUGUCCUCUACUUCUACAAAGUCGAUAUUCCACCUAAUCUCGACUACGCUGCAGCUUUCCUGGCGUUUGGAGUCGAAGGAUUCCUAUUCGGAAACCAUCUUCAUGGCAGGUCACACAUGGACGUUAUGGUCCACUUGUAUUUGUUUUACGUCAUCAUAGCCUGCGUGAUAUGCGUCGCAUUAGAGGCUCGUUAUAGAGAAAGUGUCACGAUUGCUUUGGCCAGAACAUAUUUCACUUUUCUCCAAGGAACGUGGUUCUACCAGAUCGGAUUCAUCUUGUAUCCUCCAGGUAAAAUGGCUCAUUGGGAUCAAGAGGACCACGAUCAAAUGAUGAUAAUCACCAUGAUCUUCAGCUGGCACUGUGCGAUUGUGGUUGUGAUUAUGUUCUUCGUCGUGCUCCUUGUUGGCAAAAUGGUCAAGCGCGGUACCACCGCAAACGACUUCGUCCGCAGUGACAUUCAAUAUAAAAAGGUUGGCGCGAAUGGCUUGAAUAGUACUGAAAGCUCUCGGCCGAUUAUUUCGAAUAGUUCCAGUAUGCGACAGGCCUUUGACGAGACUAGUGAGGAUGAAGUUUAAUGAUUAAUUAAUCAAUAUAUGUCAAUCCUAAACGAGCUAUUUUUACACUGUCCAACUCUUUCAAUGCUUACAACGGU